CCUGACUAGGCAAUUCGGCCCGGCGCCGGUGAGAAGCAACUCGAAAGGCUCGUGGCUCCAGGGGGCGACCGAUCUACUUCCCUGACAAAACGCUUCCUUUUUCGUGGCUACAACCACUAAAGUGUGUAACAGUGCCCCAAAAUGAGUACCAGCGGCGCAGGCUCAACGCAGGACGCGAAGACGAAUCCAAUUGUGUUUUUUGAUAUUGCUCUCGGUGGUGAGCCUUUGGGCCGUCUGAAAUUGGAACUCUUUGCAGAUGUGACGCCCCGAACUGCUGAAAAUUUCCGCCAGUUUUGCACUGGAGAAAGCAAGAAUCAGCAAGGCCGUCCUCAAGGCUUCAAAGGAAGUAGAUUCCACAGAGUAAUCAAGGAUUUUAUGAUCCAAGGAGGGGAUUUUAUCAAUGGCGAUGGCACAGGCUCGUGUUCUAUCUACGGAGUCCCUAAAUUUCCAGACGAAAACUUUGUUCUCAGGCAUGACCGUCCAGGUCUGCUAAGUAUGGCUAACUCAGGGCCAAAUACAAAUGGAUGUCAAUUCUUUGUCACGACAGCGGCGACUCCGUUUCUGAACGGCAAACAUGUUGUCUUUGGCCAAGUUAUCGAGGGGAUGGACAUUGUGCAAAUGAUUGAGAAUACCCGUACUACCAGAGACAAACCAAACCAAGAUGUUACAAUCAUCCAAUGCGGAGAGAUGUAAAAAGGAAAGCACUUUUGAUUUCAUUCAGGGCCCCAAAAAGGU